GCCGCUAUUAACCCGUAUUGUCAAGUCGACUAUACUAGUCAUUUGUGGACGUGUUGCUUCUCACACGACUUUUGAAUAUCAAUUACCCGGAGCUCCACAAUACCCGUCCUACAUUUUUGUCAUCGACACAACAACUUCUCAAGACGAAUUAGACGAGUUGAAGGCGCACAUCACUUCCGUCGUCUCUUUGUUACCCCCGACAACCCGUGUCGGGGUGAUCACCUUUGGCCAGUGCAUUACCGUCCACAACUUGAUGUGUGACACUUCCUGUUUGACGUCCGUCGCUUUUGCAAACAAGCAGAACUCUCCGAUGACUGUUCAGUGUGCAAUGACUCUUUCUGUUGAGAGCAAUGAAUACAUUGUUCCUCUCUCUCUCUGUGAAUUGACUCUCAUGACCGUCAUCGAUUCAAUUCAAGUCGACGGAUUUCCAGUGGCUCAAGCGAUGCGACCGCAGCGCGCGACGGGCGCCGCAGUGGAGAUAGCGCAGAUAAUGUUAAAGGCGUCUGGCUUGUCUGGGCACAUCAUCACAUUUGUUGCUGGUCCAUGCACGGAAGGGCCUGGGAAGAUCGUUGGGUGUUCGUUACGAGAGAACAUCCGGUGUCAUCAAGACAUCGUCAACGACAACACACCUUAUAUGAAUUCCUCAAAGUCGUUUUAUGAUGACGUGGCGGACAAGUUAGUAGCGAACCACUCGAGUUGUUCGAUUUUUGCGUGUUCGAUGGAUCAGACGGGGAUGAUGGAGAUGAGAAAACUGUUUGAGUCUACUGGGGGGAUCGCCUAUUACUUUGAAGAUUAUAAGCACGAAGCGUUGAGAGAGACAUUACUUCGACUGUUUGAGGAGAAUGUGAUACGAAACAACUUGAGUGUUGAAGUGCAGACGUGUAAAGAAAUGAAAGUGUGUGGUGCGCUUGGAGCACUUGCGUCGGGACUGAAGAAGACGUCUUCGGUGUCAAGCACAUCCAUUGCGAUAGGAGGGACUUCUGCGUGGAAAGCGUCGUUUGCACUGAAAGACUCUACUUUUGGGUUCAUUUUUGAUGUUACCAAUCCGCAGUCGAAUGUCAAGAAUGGGAAUGAAGGGGGGAUCAUUCAAUUUAGAACGAGUUUUAGAGAUGAGAGUGGAAGAAUUUGUAUGAGAGUGACAACAGCUGCUCGAUUGUGGACGAACCCAUCGACGGAAGGGUUUAGUAAAUUAGCAUCUUCAUUUGAUCAAGAAGCUGCGACUACACUUAUGGCAAGAUAUGCAGUGUUUAAAGCUGAAAGUGAAGACUCUCGAGAAGCCAUCCGUUGGCUUGAUAGGAGUUUAAUUCGUCUCUGCCAACGGUUUGGUGAUUUCAGAAAGGAUGAUCCGACAUCAUUUAAGUUAACACCAAACUUUUCGAUAUACCCACAGUUCAUGUUCCACUUGAGAAGAAGUCAUUUCUUAAGAGUCUUUAAUUGUACACCAGAUGAAACAUCAAUUUUUAGAGCUACUCUUAAUAGAGAAAAUGUGGGGAACUCCCUCACUAUGAUCCAACCAACAUUGGACGCAUAUGUCUAUGGACAAGAAUCUAUGCCCGUCUUAUUGUCACUCCAAUCAAUUAAGCCAGACCAAAUCUUGUUAUUGGACACUUACUUCUAUCUCAUCGUAUUCAGAGGAAACGUCGUCGCCGACUGGAUGAAACAAAAACUCGAGGAGAAGGAGGAGUACGCAGGAUUAAAGGAUUUCUUCGUGAAGGCAGAGAACGACGCAAAUGAAAUGUCAAAAGGAAGAAUCCCAGCACCAAGAAUAUACGUGUGUAACCAAUAUUCGGGAAACCAAAGAUAUUUGUUGACUGUAUUGGACCCAGCAGUCGCUCCGGGACAAAACAAAAACGACUUAAUCUUCACAGAAGAUGUGAAUCUGGAAACUUUCUUGGGUCACUUGAAACAACUCGCAGUUAAAGACAAUUUUAACUAA